AUGAUGUUCAUCCACAGCUGCAUCCCGGGGCUGCAACCAGAAGACACCUGCGAGGUGCGCUGUAAGCUGCCGUUCCUGGGGGAUCCGGUGAUGGGCCGUUGCCCCGCUGACAACACGGACCCGGCGCAGCCUCCAGAGAUCCCCGAGUUCCCUGACUGCACGCCCCAGUGCGAGGAGCCUGUUCUAGCCCCCUCAGGCUACAACAGGAACGGCGGCAACUGGACCUGUGCGGAUGGCUACGUUGGCAUGGCGGAGACGAGCUGCGGCCCAGACGCUGCUUGUAACAUGAUUUUCAACCUCAGCGGCUGUGUGCCCAAGGUGCCUUGCAGGGCCCCCUCCCUGUCUGGCUGUGAGUACAAUGUGUCCUGCCCCGCGGAGCUGGCCCCUGGGGAGAGCUGCGAGAUCCACUGCCAGAGCCCGUACUCGGGGAAUUCCACCACGGCCAGUUGCGACGUGGAGAACACCGCUUCUGGGGAGGCAAACUAUGCGGUGCCGAACUGCAGCCUGGUGUGCUCUGAACCCCCGGUGAACCUCACAGAGGCCUAUGAGCUCACAGAUCAGGGCUGGCAGUGCAACAGCAGCGGGUACUUGGGCACGGCGGUCACUACUUGCACCGUGGACGUCAGCUGCAACGCGCUGCUUCUGAUCACCGGAUGUAUGCCCAUUUUGCCCUGCCUCUCCCCAGAUCCCAGGUCCUUCGACGUGUGCCAGUACAACUUCACAGGCUGCGAUAUGCUGAUGCCGGGCGCAAGCUGCAACGUGAGCUGUGCAGAUCCCUAUAUAGGCGACAUGACGAACGCUUCCUGCCCUGAUCUGAAUGUGGACCCCUUGGCCCAGAUCAUCUACGAGCGGCCCAACUGCAGCCUGCUUUGCCCCGAGCCCGAUCCGGUGCCUGAAGGCUACAUGAAGAGUCAGACUGGCUGGCUGUGUGCAGAAGGCUUUUCGGGCUUGGCAUCUGCCAGCUGCCGCACAGAGAAGUUCUUCUCCGCCGGUGAGGCGAUCUGUCUCACAAGGACGGAGCUCGCAGGCUGCCUGCCGUUGCAGCCCUGCUUCUUCCCAGCCAGCGAUGUGUGCGACUUCGACACCUCUAACUGCAGCCAGCUCCGUGCCGGCGGCACCUGUCAGGUGCAUUGUCAGGUGCCUUUUCUGGGCGCAUCUUCAGUGGGUCGUUGCCCUGCUGACAACACCGUCGCAAACCGCCUGGUGGACGUGGAAAUGCCGAGUUGCAUGUUGGACUGCCCCGUGUCCGAGAUCCCAGAGGGCUACAACAUCAGCUGGGGCGCAGCCCGCAGCGAUGGCCUGGCUGUGAGCACCUUCGGCAUGGAUCCCAUCAGCGGCCGGAGGGCCAGGGUGGAGAGAGCCGGGUACUUCGUGUGCGAGGAUUUGUACGCUGGCAAUCUUACUGCAAGCUGCUCCAUUGACACCAACUGCCAGUGGCGAAUGGACUUCGAGGGCUGCCAUCCCACGGUGCCGUGCGCAGCCCUGGACCUGGCCACACCGCCCUGCGGACUCAUCGCCGAUUGUGCCCAAGUGGUGCCCGGGCGCAGCUGCCGCGUGGCCUGCAACGCGCCCUGCACGGGCGAGCCCUCGGAGCUGAGCUGCCCAGUCGGCAACACCAACCCCGAUCAGCCCUUGCUCGGAAAGAUGCCGGACUGUCUCACUGAGUGCGACUUCGUGCCUCCAGGCUACCGAGCUCUGGCGCGCACCUGGGAAUGCGCAGACGGCUACACAGGGGAGGCUCAGGUCGGGUGUGUUCCCUCAGGGCCUGGCAAAGUCUGCGACACGGAGAUCCAGUUGGAGGGCUGCCGCGAGCUGGUGUCCUGCGGCCCUGGAGACUUCGAUCCCUGCCACUACGACAUGAGCGACUGCAUCUCGGUGCCCAGGCACCUGCUCAUCGGGGCAGCGCUAUGA